AUGGGUUUGAGAACCGAAGGUCAAGCUUGGAAAUAUCAGACUGAUUUCUUUCGUGAACAAUCCAACUAUCAGUGUGUGAGUUAUGACAAUCGUGGCUGUGGUCGAUCGUCAACGCCGUUGACACUCGAAUAUACAACAGUUCAAAUGGCUAAAGACGCCUUGGGAUUGAUUGAUCAUCUGGGUUGGGCUCAGUGUCACGUAGUGGGUGUCUCUAUGGGUGGAAUGAUUGCAUUAGAAUUGGCUCUAUUAGCAAAUCGUAGAAUUCUUUCACUCACCCUCAUGGCCACACAUGCUGGUGGUUUAAUGGGUCAAGCGCCAUUCAUUGGCAUGCGCCACAUUAUUCGAACGUUUACAAUACGUGACGACCAUCAACUUGUGGAAAAUGCUCUUGCCAUGCUUUAUAGUCGAAAGACACUAAGCGAUUCUGAGAAACGACAGUAUUUCUACGAUUAUUAUCGUGAAAGAUUCAAGACUCGUGUUCCUCUAUCGCUAGUCGGCAAUUUUGGUCAAAUGUUUGCUGUUCAACGACACUACAUAAGCUACGCUGAUCUAUUAAAAAUUCGAUAUUCAAAUUUUCCUUGCUUGGUUAUGGUGGGUACUGAAGACCGACUUGUGCGCGAGACUAAUUCCUAUAUGCUUCAACGAACACUUGACUGUCGACUCGUCAAACUCGAACAUGCAGGGCACGACUUAGGAGGUGAAUGUACUCAGCAAGUCAAUCAAGAAUUAUUAGCAUUUUUCGAAUCGGUCGAGUUGAAAGAUCAUCCAUCACACGUAUCAAGCGAAUAUACGACAGAAGUGCGAGCUCUGGAACUUUGCUGCCAACAUCGCACUCAUUGUUUUGUUUACAAUCUUGUUGGUUUCCUUAAGGUAUGCUAA